CGACAGAGUGUGAUUCACCGUCUAUGUAUAGAGUUAGUCUAAGAGUCUGCUAAGUACAUGGUGCACAAUCAACAGUUCCUUUGCUGCAAACUCGAAAACGUGUUGGCGCUGGAGAGGGUGCUAAUGGCGUAGGUGAUGGCAGGAUGGGAAGUUGAAGUGGCACACCGGAUGGCUGUUGGAGAUGACAAAGAUAGACUUCCAGGAAGAUGCAUUCAGCUGCGAUUAGUGGGUCCAAAAACACAUGACAUCCAGCUCGCACAUCAAAUGCGCGACCUCGCCCUGAAAAUGAAUCAAGCCGAUAAGAAACGAGUGUUCCGGAAACGCGUCCAUCUCCCGCCGCCGCGCCUCCCGGGGCGCUUAUCGGGGCGCCUCUGCCCCCUCGGGAAGGAAUGCGCUGGGUCGCGCGGCCAAGCGCACGGCGCAAGUGGAACGCGUGGGGAAGGAACGAUCCUUUUGACCAAGGAUAAACGCACAGAUCAACCCAAUCCUGCUGCUGAAUCACACACGACUCUUGCUCCAGCCAGCUGUAUUGAAAUCCACCGGCGCAUAUCUCACCAGUGCACUCGCAACCAGGCUGGGAUCGUGCCAGAAAAUGCACGCAGUACCAACUACUACGAAGCAAAAUCCUAA